AUGUUGUCACGGUCCCCACCAAUCAAGCAGCUCUCCUCUUCCGAGGCUGACGUUGGGAUCGACGCCGAUAGUUCUCAUCGCAGCACUAGCGACAACGACAGCAAGAUCAAAGAUGAGGAGGCCGUCCUUCAAGAAGCCAUGCUUCGGGACUGCGUCAAGAGCGUCACUUGCGUUCUCCCGAACGUGUGCCCCGACUACGCGACUAAACUAGCAUGGGAAAAUAAGUACAACGCGCAAGCAGACUCUCUCCUCAGGGCUUACCAGGUGAUUGCCGAUCAAGGUGAUGCGGCCAACCGGUCACUAGCGCCACAACAGAAUUGCUCGCUACGAGACCAAGAUGGGUUUGGCGAAAAUUUCCAGUACGCACUCAAGGCCGCUGCGGACUCGGACCAAAAGUACUACAUUGCUCUCGAAAUGCAGGCCGCUCGCCGCAUCGCUCGUUUCCUUGACCGACGUGGCAGGCAGGUAGGCGUUCAGCUCUCAUCUUCCGCGGGAGCGGACGCUGCCGAUGUAGCAACCCUAGAAUGCGCCUGCUGCUACGGCGACGAGGUCGCUGAACGCAUGGUCAGCUGUGAUGGUGAGGCGGGUCAUCGCAAGCUCUUCCUUUGUGCCAGGACCGCCGCCGCUCUCGAUCGUCUCGAACAACAGGCAUCGAUUCGCAUGGCUGGGCUGGACAACCUCACCUCGUGCCCCUUCUGCCCUUAUGCCGCGGAAUAUCCACCGGUGGAGUUGGAUAAAGAAUUUCGUUGCGAGAAUCCGGAUUGCAAGGCCGCGCCGCAGGUCUUUCCCGCGACAGCCAUUGACCCCAGAGCAUAUCUAGGGCAGUUUGGCGAGACAAUUGGCCAGAUUCCCGCCGAUAGACAGGCUCAAAUCGACGUUUUCCGGGAUGCAGCCCUGAGAUACUGGGGGGCGAUUCCGGACUGGUGA